CGUGGAAAACAAUAAAUAACUGAGCAGGCGAGUCGCAGUCGCAGAAACUCGCUCAAUGGCUUAAAGGGACUAGGGAAAAAGGGAUUAAUUGUCCUGAAUAUUCGAGUGAUUGACUUCCAGUACAGCUCGAACCGACAGCAAACCCUCAGGUUUUUUAAUUUUCUGACUCAAUUGUUUAUACCCGAGGCUCAAAGGAAUGCAGAAGUCAGUACGUGCGAGCCUUUUGGAUCAUCGCCGACCUCGAGCCAGGCAGCUCAUGAACUAAAAUGUUCCCUGAAAAUAUUAUAGUCCUGGCCCUACUAUUUGUAAUACGGGAGGUGGAGGCGAAGUACUGCGCCUAUGAAGUCAAUGGCGAUACCAGGUUUUACACAUGCCCACGGACAGAGUACUGCUGCAAUUUUGGAUGUUGUGUUUCUCCUGCAUUCCAAUUUUAUCAACUGUGGUAUUAUUGGCUGCUCGUAAUAUUUAUGUUCUUGCUUUGCUCCGGAGGCGGUUGGUGGUAUCGAUGUUGGCUGAGGAACCGAUUUCCGGAGACGCAAACCUCGGUGACCAGAACGAGUACAAACAACUCAAUGGCAACAUCCCGAAGACCAGCUAUUCUGACCCGUUCUCGUCCUUCCUCGAUGGCAGUCCCAACUGUCGAUAACCUCACUCCUCAGGGAGGACAGUUUCAAGUUGCAAGGGUCAGUUAUAGCUCAUCGGGAGACAGACUGAUCCUGCAUAGACUGUGGAAAGAUUCGCGUGGUGGCAUCCACCACCUGGACAGCCCUCCUUCAUACACAACAGCCAGAGCUGACCCUGUGUUAGUGCCGCAAGCAACUGGGGGCUUGCAGCUGAUGAACCCUUACAUCUUGUAUGGCCCUCCCCCAAGCUACGAGUCGGUGAUGCAGCAGGACCAGGCGGGCCCCUCCGGCACCCACCUGCAAGUGGCGCCUCUGUCGGAGGCAACCAGCUCGCUGGAGAGCUGCCCAUCAUCACAGGUGCACUCUCCGAUGACCCCGACCAGCCACCAGGAGGCCUGUUCGCCUACCUCCGAGGAUGACCCUGGACCUCAGACAUCGCACCAGGCUUCGCAGACAGUUUCCAGCCCUGUCUCGAGUCCCACUGCACUGUGAUCACUUACGGGCGAUUUUACUUAUUGUCUAGUUGUAUCUUUAUCAUCGACUGGAUGGCCUCUUAUAAUAUAAUGGUAGUUAAAGCACAACGACUAGUUCACCCCCUGACGGUUUGGUAAUUGUUGGUAUAAUUGCCACUGUACUGUUUAUGGCUGAUUUUGACUGGGCCGAUUUGUAUUUUGCACAACACCUUUAGAAACUCUUAGCAAUAUGUCGAUUUAAAUAUGGUUUAAACCGCUCAAAUUGGAAUUGAUCUGAGAGGGCUAGUGGCCCAAAACCCUAAAGUAGUGUUGUGAGAUUAGCUUGCUUAACAUCUCAAGUAUGGUUGAUAGAUAUAGCUCAAUAAUGGUUGAAAUUCCUUUUUUGAUUUUAAGAAUUGAAUGCGGCGUCUAGGGGUAAACGGGUUCAAUUGUAACUUAAAGCUACCAAGGUAGGCAUUCCGGCUCGGCGGUUGCAUUGACAAGCAACUGGGCAAAUCAGGGAGGGUACCGGGCAAGGGGAAUAAAAGAACCGUUUUGUGCCAGUGGCACAAAAGCAGAAAAAGGCCCUCGGAUUUCAUUAUAUACUUGAGGAACCUGCAGAUUAGCUCAUUGUCAGCUAUUUUAUCAUUAUCAAUUUUAGUAUACAAUAAUUAAAUAAGUGAACUUAAUGCCGGUACAGAAUGUUUGUCAAAUAAGAAUCUCAAGAAACACAUCCCUCUUAUUUACGUUGUGUUAAGAAAAUUGAAGUUUUUAGUUUUCCUAUGUAAUAUUUGAUAAAACCCAUUUUCGCAGUUCAAAAGCAAAAAUAUCUGCUAAUUUUUAUAGCUUAAAAAGCGUCCUUUUUUCAUAAUGUUGAAUUGAAAUUCCUGACAUUUUCCUCGGAGCUUAAGUUCUUCAUUAAGAUCAACCAGUUUUGGCUUCUACAGGAAGCCCACUUCAUGAACAGCGUCUGUUGUUUGUAGCUCGCUUAUGGGUAAAUUGAUAGGUUAUAUAUUUAUGUAGCUGCGGAUCCCCUAGAUAAUUAAUUGCUAAUUCCGUGGAGCCUCAGUCAAAAUCAGCCAUCAAAAUUGACGUCCAAAUUUCACCAUAAUAACAUGGUGCCUGAAACCAGAGAUGCUUCAAAUGCUUUUGAGAUUUGGCCCUAAUUUAAUGCGCAAAAAUAUACAAUGAUUGCAUUGUACAAGGAUAGUAGUUGAAACACAACGUUAGGUGGAUAUUUGAACAUUUCUGAGAGUAUUAAACAUGAUCUAAGAAUUAUGUGAUUUUAAGCAUUGUGCUAGUCUACGAAUCUUCAUCGUUCUGCUUUUGCUCUUUGGUGCCUCUCACUGUAUUGCUUUGUUAAAUCUAUUUAAAAUAUUUCGCACUCACUGCAUUGCUGAUAACAAACUUUACCUGUUAUAUUUGGUACUUUCUUUUGAGCAUAAUCUAAAGUUGUAAUCAAAAGACAUGUCUGAGCAGUCAAGUCUGCUUUUUUAACAUUUCAUCUUGUAUGUACCAUGUGUAUGGCUGGGAACAAUUAUUAUAUGUUAGUGCGAGAAUCAAUCAAAACGGUAGUAUUGCUCGGAGAAGUAUGGAUGAAAUCAUCUAACCAUCAAUAUUGUAGAAUUUAAACCCUAAAUAUUAAUAUUGCUGUCACGGGUGUGCUAAAUAUGUAAAGACAACGGCUCAGAUGAAACGAUUAUUGUAAACAUCGGUCUAUCAUUAAUGGUUGGAACGGUAAAAGACAAGUCUCAUGUACAAGAAACUGUUAUAAAUUCUCUGUAAUGGAAACACGCACAUCUCAACUAAUUUUAGCCCAAGCAGUUAAAAUUUAGGUUCGCGCUCUCACGCAAUUCCAUACUAUGAAUCCUGAACUCGAUUUUACUCAUGUGGAAUAAGACCCGUAAUUGGUAUAAAUCAAUAAGUAUGUAUUUAUUUUACAAAGUGUCUUCCAUUUUUAUUUUGUAUCAUUGCAUUGAGUUUACUGCUUUGUAAUUUAUUUGUAUAUAUAUAGCGUUUUUCAUUUCCUUGUCAAAUUGAUAUUAUUUACCUCUAGUCAAAUCCCAAUUUAAUUCCAUAUUUGUUCAAAUUGAAUUUGAAUCCAUUUUAUCUAUGAUUUUUUGACAUGUAUGUGCAUGCUAAAAGCUAAUCUGUAUUAUAAUAUGCACAAAUUAUAUUUUGUUGAGAAAAAUAAU